AAUUAUUGCUGUUUUGUCAAUUUAUAUUUGAAGCGUCAUCACAAGACAAAUUGGGUCAAAAUGCGUUCCCCAAUUCCUGAUACUCCAUCAGACAGAGAUGGAGCCAGGUCGCGUAUGACAUCGCCGGCCCGGGAGUAUGAAAUGUUUGAGGAUGAAGGAGCUAUACUUGGUGAUAAUCCAGCUGAUGAAGAAGAAGAGGAUGGGGAAGAACUGUUCAAUGAUAAUAUGGAAGCAGAUUAUCGUCCGAUGCCAGCGUUGGAUCGGUAUGACAAUGAAGACUUGGAUGAUGAAGACUAUGAUAACAUGUCAAUUGAUGAUCGCAUGGCGGCAGAGAGGGAACUGCAGCGGCGGGACAGGGAUGAAGGCAGGAUAAGGCGAGAUGAUAGGGGACUGUUAUAUGAUGAAUCUGACGAAGAGAGUGGUGACGCACCUCGGGCGAAAAGACGUAGAGCUGCUGAGAAAGCAGCCACUGGUACUGAAGAACAGGUGGAAGAAGGUAUUGAGAGUAUCGAGAACUUGGAAGAUACUAAAGGUUAUACAACUAAAGAGUGGGUGUCUAUGUUGGGACCUAGGACGGAGAUUGCUAAUAGAUUCAAGAACUUCCUACGCACAUACACAAACAGUAAAGGCCAAUACAUUUACAAGGACCGGAUACGUCGCAUGUGCGAACACAACCAAGCGUCAUUUCACGUAGAAUUCGAUGUUCUCGCUCGAAGGGAACAAGUUCUAGCCUAUUUCUUACCGGAAGCACCGUUCCAAAUGCUGCAGAUCUUUGAUGAAGUGGCCAAAGAGAUUGUACUUCAAAUAUUUCCGAGUUACGAACGCGUGACGUCAGAGAUUCACGUUCGUAUAUCAGAUUUACCGUUGAUAGAAGAGUUGAGAACGUUCCGGAAGCUUCAUUUGAAUCAACUGGUUCGGACUGUGGGUGUGAUUACAGCGACUACUGGUGUGCUACCGCAGUUAUCGGUUGUGAAAUAUGAUUGUAAUAGAUGUGGAUAUAUUUUGGGGCCGUUUGUACAGUCCCAGAAUUCAGAAGUGAAGCCAGGUUCUUGUCCGGAGUGUCAAAGUGCUGGACCGUUUAUGGUAAACAUGGAACAAACAGUAUACCGCAACUACCAAAAGGUGACAAUACAAGAAUCACCCGGAAGGAUUCCCGCCGGUCGGAUACCUAGAAGCAAGGAUUGUAUACUGUUGGCUGAUUUGUGUGAUAGAUGUAAGCCUGGUGAUGAAGUGGAUCUGACGGGGAUAUAUACUAAUAAUUAUGAUGGCUCGUUGAACACUGAACAGGGUUUUCCAGUAUUUGCAACUGUGAUAAUAGCGAACUACAUAGUUGUUAAGGAUUGUAAGCAUAUAGUGGAAUCAUUAACUGAUGAAGAUGUAGCAAAUAUUAUAAAACUGUCAAAAGAUCCACAAAUUGGAGAGAGAAUAGUGCAGAGUAUAGCGCCUUCUAUAUAUGGACAUGAUAAUAUUAAGAGGGGUUUGGCGUUGGCCUUGUUUGGUGGGGAACCUAAAAAUCCAGGUGAAAAGCAUAAAGUGAGAGGUGAUAUAAAUGUCCUUAUAUGUGGAGAUCCAGGUACCGCCAAGUCACAGUUCCUUAAAUACACAGAAAAGAUAGCACCAAGAGCAAUAUUCACAACGGGACAAGGUGCCAGUGCUGUCGGUCUGACUGCUUAUGUGAGAAAGAACCCCACUACAAGAGACUGGACAUUAGAAGCCGGGGCGUUAGUACUAGCUGACCGAGGUGUGUGUCUCAUAGAUGAGUUCGACAAAAUGAAUGACCAAGAUCGAACAUCCAUACACGAGGCUAUGGAACAACAGUCUAUAUCUAUAUCGAAAGCUGGUAUUGUGACCUCGUUGCAUGCUAGGUGUUCAGUGAUAGCAGCAGCGAAUCCAAUAGGCGGUAGAUACGACGCAUCACUUACAUUCUCGGAGAACGUGAACUUGGCCGACCCCCUUCUGUCACGUUUCGACGUGCUGUGCGUCGUGCGGGACGAACCGCAUCACAUGCAGGACGCGCACUUGGCGAGGUUUGUAGUAAGUUCACACAUAAGGCAUCACCCCACACAGAAAGGGAUCCCACUCGACGAAAAUAAGGAAGACGAUAUCUCACUACCACAAGACAUGCUGAAGAAAUAUAUUGUGUACGCUAGAGAGAAUGUACAUCCUAAAUUACAGAACAUGGACCAAGACAAAGUGGCGAAAAUGUACAGUCAGUUGCGACAGGAAUCCCUUGCGACUGGUAGUCUACCCAUCACUGUUAGACAUAUUGAAUCUGUAAUACGCAUGAGUGAAGCACACGCUCGUAUGCAUCUUCGUGCUCAAGUCAAUGAAGACGAUGUGAAUUUAGCAAUACGUACUAUGUUGGAAAGCUUCGUUGAUACACAGAAGUACAGUGUAAUGCGGGCUAUGCGACAGACGUUCCAAAAAUACCUCUCCUACAAGAAAGACCACAGCGAGCUCCUGUACUACAUUCUACGGCAGCUCACCAUAGACCAACUGGCUUACAUGCGAGGGCUUCACAAUUAUUCACAAUCCACAAUAGAAAUAUCAGAAAGAGAUCUCCUAGAGCGAGCUAGACAGAUAAAUAUAACGGAUUUAAAACCGUUUUAUGAUAGCCGCAUUUUUAAACUCAAUAAUUUUGUGUUUGAUGCCAAGAGAAAGGUUAUUAUACAUACGCUGCCUGAAGUGCCUACAACUGCUUAGAUGUUAAUUGUUAAAGAGUG